UACUCCCUCACUAAUACACUUCCAUUUCAACUGCAUUUAUUUACUCCUUUUAAACUCAAAAACCACAUUUUCUCUAUUGCAUAUUUCUAUUUGUAUUACCAUUUUCACUCUUUCUAAACCUAUCGAAGCUUUAAUUUCUCUUUCAUGGAGUCCUCCAAAAUACUUAUUUUCCUUCUCUUUCUCUCUACCUUCAAAUUCUUCUUUGUAACAUCCAUUGAGUUUGAUGUUGGAGGUACCAAUGGCUGGAAUGUUCCAAAAACAAGAGACCAACAAAUUUACAAUCAAUGGGCAUCUCAAAACAGGUUCAAUGUCAAUGACACUAUAUGUUUCAAGUACAAGAAAGACUCAGUUAUGGAGGUGACUGAAGAGGAGUAUAGAAAAUGCCAUUCUUCUCAUCCCCUUUUGUUCUCCAACAAUGGUGAUACCGUUUUCGAAUUGAACCGACCCGGAUUGUUCUUUUUCAUUAGUGGUGUUUCGGGACAUUGCCAGAGAGGCCAGAAGAUGAUCAUCAAAGUACUUGAACCUGAAAUUGCAAAACCACCUCAAGCUCAAAGCCAAAAUGCUACCACUACCAAAGGCAAAUCACAUAAAAAUUCUGCUGUUGGAGUAAUGGCCAUUUCUUCUUCUCCAACUAUUCUUCUCCUCAUGCUCAUGUCAGUUUUGGGGGUCUUUUUCUUUUAGAUUCAAUCAAACUAUCUAAGUUUAAUAUUUUUAUUUUUUUGGGUACAAUCUGACUUGGACUUCGAUUUAUUAUAUGUAUGAAACUUGUUAUUUUCUGAAAGUUGGCAGUGCAUGUCAUCUCAUAUUGUUGACAAUAUGGCCAUGUAUCAUAGUUUUGUUUAUUUAUCUCACUUUCUCGGUUGGCAGUGCAAAAAAAUUGAAUUCUGAAAAAUAUUUAGUACAUAAGAAACUGGCUGAGGAAAUUCCAGGUGGAGUCGUUCAAAAUGGCUUGAAAUUGAAAGCAAAGAGAAAUAUUUUAAGCCAAAGAAUUCCAUA